AUGAUCGAUAAAAGUUAAAAGGAAAACGAGAAUGCUGGUGCGUUAGAGCAUUAUAAUAAAAGCUAGGUACAAUUAUUUAGUGGAAUCGUUUUUAGGAAUUAAAAAUUACUUAUAGAACUGAAGAAGCAUUAUUAGAAAUAAAUAAUGCUUUGAAUCUUCAUCCUAAAUUUGCCAAAGCCUACACUUUAAGAAGUUCAAUGUUUUAAAUAUCAAUAUAGGUGAAUUAUACGAAAAAAUGAAAUUAUAUGAUAAGGCAUUGGAAGAUGCCAAUUAAAGCAUAUCCAUAAACAAUAAUGAUCCAGAAAGUUAUUAUUAAAGAGGUAUUUAUUAAAUCUUAUAGCUUAAGCAACAAUUUAUUGGAGAAAAUAAUUAUAUGAUCAAGCAAUAUAAGAUUGUAUGAAAUGUGUGGAAAUUAAUAAAGACUUUUCAAUGGGCUAUUGUAGAAUGGGUAAUAAAAUAACCAUAAAUCUUCAGGCACUAUUUUGAGUGAAUUGAAGCAAAAGGAUAAUGAACUAAAAUAUUACAAUGAUGCUAUAGAAAAAGAUAGGAAUUGUUAUUAUGCAUUUAUGUGUAGAGGUAAAAUCAUAAUUAUCAUAUUAGGUUAGUAUUAUAUGAAUGAAAAAUUGACUGAUUAUGCAAUUAGAGAUUUCAAAAAAGCCAUUGAAAUAAAUCCUAAAUAUAAUUUAACUUAUAUAAACAGAGGUUAUUUCUAUUCCACUUAAUAUAGUAGGCAUUUUAUAUGAAGAGAUUGGUGAGAAAGACAAAGCGUUGAAUGACUAUAAUCAAGCAAUUCAACUUGAUCCUAAAUAUUCAAUAGCCUACUCUUACAGAGGUUUUAGUAUUCUACUUAAUAUAUUAGGCUAUUUAUAUUAUGAUAUUGGUGAGAAAGACAAAGCAUUAUAUGACUAUAAUCAAGCAAUCUAACUUGAUGAGAAAUGUGAAUAAGCCUAUUUUAAUAGAGGUGAAUACUAUUCCACUUAAUUUAGUAGGCAUUUUAUAUUAUGAUAUUGGUGAGAAAGACAAAGCAUUGAAUGACUAUAAUUAAGUAAUCCAACUUGAUCCGAAUGAUGCAAUGGUCUUCUAUAACAGAGGUGAUAUUAAUAUACUUAAUAUAUUAGGUUGUUUAUAUAACUGUAUUGGUGAGAAAGACAAAGCAUUGAAUGAUUAUAAUCAAGUAAUCCAAAUUGAUCCAAAAUGUGUAUCUGCCUAUAAUAAUAGAGGUGAAUACUAUUCCACUUAAUUUAGUAGGCAUUUUAUAUGAACAGAUUGGUGAGAAAGAUAAAGCAUUGAAUGACUAUAAUUAAGUAAUCCAAAUUGAUCCAAAUUAUUCAUUAGCCUAUAUUGUAAGAGGUGAAAACUAUACACUUAUAUAGUAGGCAAUUUUUAUGAAGAAAUUGGUGAGAAAGACAAAGCAUUGAAUGACUUUACUCAAGCCAUUCAACUUGACUCGAAAUUAGCAGUAGCCUUUUAUAAUAGAGGUGAACACUAUUACACUUAAUAUAUUAGGCAAUUUAUAUGAUGAUAUUGGUGAGAAAGAGAAGGCAUUAAAUGAUUAUAAUCAAGCAAUCCAAAUUGAUCCAAAUUAUUCAUCUGCCUAUAAUGUAAGAGGUGAUUAAAAUAUAAUUAAAUAUAUAAGGCAAUAUAUAUAAAGAUAUUGGUGAGAAAGACAAAGCAUUAAAUGACUAUAAUUAAGCAAUCAAAAUUGAUCCAAAAAAUGAAUAUGCUUAUAUUAAUAGAGGUGAAUACUAUUACACUUAAUAUAUUAGGCAUUUUAUAUAAAUGUAUUGGUGAGAAAGACAAAGCAUUAAAUGAUUAUAAUCAAGCAAUCCAAAUUGAUCCAAAAUAUGUAUCAGCCUAUAAUAAAAGAGGUGAAUAUUAUUACACUUAAUAUAUUAGGCAUUUUAUAUAGCAGUAUUGGUGAGAAAGACAAAGCAUUAAAUGAUUAUAAUCAAGCAAUCCAACUUAAUCCGAAUGAUUCAAAUGCAUAUCUUUAUAGAGGUAAAUACUCUAUGAGGAUUAUAGGUAUAACUUUAAAUGAUUAAAAAUAAUAUGAACAAGCAAUAAUCAGCUAUAAUAAGGCGAUUCUACUUGCUCAAGAUUAAUUUUAUACCUAUAUUAAGAAAGGUUUUAUAUUAAAUAUCAUUAAGCAAUUUCAUUAACAAAUUUGA